UGAAAAAGAUGUUUGGUUAUACGAUACGUGUUUCUCUUGUAAUGUGUAUCGUAAUUUAUACACACUUCACUGUUGUAAUUGCUAGUGACAUCACAUGCAACACACACUGUGUAUGUAAAAGGCAGAGAGCCAUAUGUAGUGGAGUCUCUUUAAACUAUGUUCCAAGAUUUCCACCAGGUAUUGCAGUUGUGAACUUGACCCAUACAAAUUUAUCUUAUAUUGGAGAACAUACAUUUUAUAAUCUCUCUUUUAGUAAGUUUAUUGGUAAACUGGUUUUACAGGAAAAUUUUAUUAAUUACAUUCAUCCAAAAGCUUUUUUGAAUAUUUCAGCUCUCAAAACAUUGCAUAUUGCCAAUCAACCACAAUUGAAUAUAACAGUGUUGACAAAAGCAUUCGUCUCCCUGAAUAAAAGGAAUUUGAAAAUGCUUCAUCUUCUUGACAAUCAAUGGACAGAAAUUCCGGUAGAUUCCUUUAAUACAUUCAAAAAAAGCAAAUUGUGGAAGCUUAUUUUAACAGGAAACAAUUUUGAAAUAUUUAACUGUUCAAUGUUUGAGCAAAUAAUUUCUUUGAAACACUUAAUGUUAUCCAAUAAUUCCAUCACAGAUAUUUAUAUGAAGGGGUUGCAAAAUGUAUCUAGAUUAGAUUUAAGGAGUAACAUGUUAACGAAAGUUCCAAAAUGGUGUUCUAAAGCAGAUUUAAGUUUUGUUCCAAACUUACAAAACCUCACACUUGGAAACAACAACAUUGGCGCAUUCGGAAAAAAUGCUUUUAGAUGUUUACCGAACAUUCAGUUUCUAAAUUUAGAAGGCAUUCAUACAGGUCGUUUACAAGAUAAUGUCUUUUCGCCUAUGCCUGUUCUCAAAACUCUGUUGUUACCAAGAAUAGGAAAUCCUUUAAAGAAGAUUGGUCAGUUUGCUUUCAAUAGUUCGUCACUUGUUACUCUUCAUAUGAAUUUGAACUUUAUUCAUUUCGACAGAACAUCUACCAAAGUAUUUUCAUACUGUCUACAUUUAGAGAAUCUGGAUCUGAGUCAAAAUUUCAUGCCAAGAAACCUGUCAAUGUUCAAAGAAAUGCUACAACCGUUAUCGAAUCUUCGGAAACUUAUACUUGUACAAAGCGCAAUAACCGAUAUUCCAGACAUGUUAUUUACACCAUUCAAAAAUAUUUGGUCAAUAAAUCUUAUGGGGAACAGAAUUUUUCGCUGGAACAAUAUAUUCAUUAAUGUAACUUCAUUAACUAUGCUAGAUUUGAGCGUAAAUUCGAUUUCAGUUAUAAACCAGACUUCUUUUCCACCGGAAGUUUUAUUUUCGUUAAAGAAACUGGAUUUAGGCUUUAACCCUUUCUCUUGUACAUGUGAACAGCGUUGGUUCCUUAAUUGGACGAAACAUUUUAUGAACAAGGUUGUAAAUUUCAAACUUUAUAAAUGCAAACAUCCACCUAAGAUGGAUGGAAAACUUUUGUCAAAUUAUCACCCAACAGAGGAAAGCUGUAAUCCAUUGAAACCAAUAAAUACAAUUAUAAUUGGGCUUGCAGCAAGUGGAACGAUAAUUGUGUUAAUUAUUGUACUAAUUGUGCGAUGUCAAUCGCAUAUUAAGAACUAUGUCUAUCUUUUACGAGUGUCCUACAACAAAAGACGAGGAUAUCUUAGUUUUGACAACGAUGACGAUUUUGAAUAUAAUGCAUUUGUUGUGUACUGUGAAGCAGACAGAGAUUGGGUUCAUACAAAAUUCGUGCAGAGAGUUGAAAAGGAAGAGGGAUUAAAAUUGUGUAUUCAUCAUCGUGACUUUGAAAUCGGACAGCCAAUCAUUGACAACAUUGAUAAGUUUGUGGAAAAAUCUAGAAAAGUUGUCGUGAUAAUGUCAAAUGAUUUUGCCAAAAGUGAAUGGUGUCAGUGGGAAGUUGAUCUUGUACAGGAAAAACGUAGACGACUGGGAAGAGAUGUAUUUCUUCUCGUCAUGUUGAAGAAUAUUGACUCCAAGCAUAUGACAAGUCAUCUCCAAGCUCUACUGGCCAGUGGUAACCAUAUAAAAUAUUCAAGUGGUGUAGGAGAGGAUUUGUUUUGGAGAGCUGUUGUAGAAGGUCUUAAAAAACCGCUAGGGUAUCCACCUGUCGGGUUGUUGUAAAAAUAACUAUAUAUUCUUUAUAAAACUUUUUUAUGUAAAGUAUGUGUAAUAUUAAGGCACAUACAGAUUUUUGAAGACGUUUCUGAUUCCGCAGUUGUACCUCCAUGAUCUUAAAAAGAAAAAAUCAACUAAGCAAUUAUCUGAUAUUGGAAGAAUAUUCCAAUCAAUGAAAACCAGAAAACUUAACAAUGUAAAACCAGCAGUGCCUUUGAUAAUUUUUCUCAUUUACCUGUAGCCCUAUAUAUAUUUACAAUAGAUAUAAAAGAUUCUACAAAUGCAUGUAGUUUGGCCAUUGGUCUCCAAAUCAAUCAAGUUUACUUUUCUCAAACUUCAGUUUUUUGUGAUCAUGUUGUUAAAGUCGUUCUUCAAAUUAUGAUUUUUUAACUAUCCUCUUGGAAUAAUAUUACAUUUCUUAUAAUUUAACUAAAACAACCAUUUCGGGAACAAGAAUCAAAAACAAGUAUUUGAUUUAAUCAAAAAGAGAGAAAACAGAAGUUGUCAUAAAAACCAAUGGUAGACACCGGUACCUAUACAGUGGAAUACAAAUGUACAAAUGUAAUAUCAUAUUUCUUUCCGACCAAAAACAACAGUAGUACACUAGGAUACUCAGAGAUUAUUUUAUCUGUUUAUAUCUGUUUGUGUGUACAUUUUAAACACUGGAUUAUCUUAUUAACAUACAAAGAAACAAUAAGUUAUGCAAAGUGUUCACAAAUGAAAGCGAACCCAAUCACCUCUUGUUUAAAUAAAAUCAGAAGUCUAAAUGACACAUAAAAAGUAGUAGUAUGUCACUAUGUGCUUCAUUUAUGCAGAAUACCAGGAAUACUUUUAUCGAUUUGAGAAAAAAAUAUGAUAUAGUAAUCCAACAUUUGUAAUAGAAAUAUAAUAGCAGUUAAGGAAGUAUUUAUCCUAUCAAAACCUCGUAUACUUACACAAACGUAUAAGUAGUAAAUUAAAUAGUUUUUGUUAUAUAUAACAAUAAAAGCAAAGCACCAUGAAUAAUGUACAAUUUUUGCUUACCAAUGGUUUACUUGCAUGUUCGACGAAAGAAUCGUGCAUUAGACUGACAAAAAUUCUGUUCGCAGUGGAAGGGGGUCUUUAGAAAACUGUAAAAACUGCUUACUCACGUAGUGGUAUUAAACAUA